AUGCAGCCAUCGUUCCAGCGGCGCGAGUACGAUGCGAAUGCGAAGCAGUGGAUGAAAGAGGCACUCGUAAGCCGCCACGUGAUCGACGAGCUCGAAGCCACGAACCGGAAGCUCCAGCACGAACUCGACCGCAAGACCAACACGCUGAAGGCCAUGGACGAGUGCGUGUCGUCUCUGGGCGCUUCUGCAAAGGUCAAGUUGGCUAUGGAGGCGAAAAUGGCGUCCGUGUCGACCUCGUCCAGCCCCGUCCCCGCGGAUAAAACCAGCCCGAGGAGGUCGCCCCGAAAGCCACAAGACGCGUUGGUCCGGGGCGGGCCCGGUAACAAGUUCACGUACGGCAGCGAAGACUACUCGAACUACGUCAGCCAGUACAGCCCUACCAAGGACCGGGAGAUUUCAAAUCCCAAGUACACGCCGGCAUCCGACGCCGAUUCGAAGCCAUCCCCACGGCGCCUUCGACAUGACGCCCAAGUGUUUGGCAGCGGCACCGACGCCAACAAAUUCCACCAUGGAAGCACCGAACAUCUCGCGAUCGUUGAACAGCACAGCCCAAAGAGGACUCGAGAAGUGACCGAGUGUCCCAAGAAGGAGCACGUGUUCAUCUCUGGGUCACCUACGUUUCAUCAGACGGCGGGCUAUGCGAGCAGCUACCCAGGACAGAUAGACAGACAAGAGUUUGGGCGGAGUUGGCCCUUUCAAUGGGAAGAGAAAGUGCUGCGGGAGACCAAGGACUUGUUUGGGAACGACAGGAAGCCGCCGCUGGCACACGUCCCGCUCUCCAAGGCCGAGACCGACGCAAUCGACAAGCUCAUGCGCGAGAGCCCUAGGAUUGUCGGCAACAACCACCACUUCGUCGACUUCAAGGGCUAG